AUGCCCAACUGCAAUCAGGUCAAGACCCUGGUGUUCAAGCGCUACGUUGAGAUUGGCCGUGUUGCUUACAUCUCUUGGCCCCACGCAGGCAGCCUGGUGGCCAUCGUCGAUGUCAUCGACCAAAACAGAGCAUUGGUGGAUGGUCCCUGCACAGGGGUGAAGAGACAGUCAAUGCCUUUCAAGUGCAUGCAGCUCACUGACUACGUCAUUAAAGUCCCACACAGCGCUCGUCAGAAGUUUGUGAGACGUGCCUGGGAGAAGGCCCAAGUCACUGAGAAGUGGGCAGAAAGCAACUGGGCCAAGAAGAUCGAAGCCAGGCAAAAGAGGGCACAGAUGUCCGACUUUGAUCGCUUCAAGGUGAUGAAGGCCAAAAAGAUGAGGAACAAGGUCAUCAAGCAUGAGGUGAAAAGGCUGCAGAAAGAGGCAGCGAAGAAGGCGUGAUCUGUCAUUUAAUAAAUCCUCUGGUUGAAUUGUU